GACUUAGCUGGCUGCCGCCUCCCCGCUUGGCAUGCACCAGCAACCGCUUUAAGGCUAAUUCAAUCUUUUACGACAUAUCGGUAGUUAAUCGCGUGUUCCGCUUAGCAAGCUUUCUCGUUGAUUUCCUAGCCGGGCGGACUGAAGCUAGGUACCAUGCUACGUCAAGCCCUGGGUUUGAAAGGCAAUAAGGGGGCAAGGCAGGCGAGCGUGGAUGGCGAAGCCGUGGUUGAGCCCCAGCAAGCACCUGAGGAAACGGAGAACUCGUCUACUGAUGAACUUAAUCGAGGUGUAUCGCUGACUCGAGGAGGCGCUCUGCGGCGUGGUCUCAACUUUUCUCCAUGGCUUGGCGGAGACUACUUCAUUUGCAUAAGCAUCAAAGAGGCGAUCGAUAUUCCUCCUGCCAGCGCCAUGCCCGGAGCAACCUGUGACCCAUUCGUGCGCGUGGCUCUGCAGCGCCCCGGCGCGCUGCCCUUUGCUGAGGCCGAGACGCGUGUCAUUACCCGCAACAGCUACCCUAUGUGGGAGGAAUGCCUACCUUUUCCCCUUGACUACGUGACGGAGGACACCUCGGUGACGCUGCGCAUGUUCGACAAGGACAUCGGCCACUUCAACUCCUUCGUGGGGCAGGUGUCCAAGCCCAUUCCUGAGCUGCUGGCGGGGAUCACGGAGCUCGGACAGGAGACGCCGUACAGGAUGCCGCUGCAGGACCGCUCGGGCACUCCUCGCAAGCGCGGCGAGCUGGUGUUCGGGGUGUCCAUCCUGGGGAAGCAACAGUACAAGGAGAUGCGUGCCGUCAUCACCGCCAUCCAGGACCCCGAGCAGGUGUACGACCAGCUGGCGCCGUACCGCCUGCACCUGAAGCUGCAUGGGCUGCGGGAGCUGGGCGGGCUGGGGGGGCUCAGCCAGGGGCAGCAGGCGGCGGGGCUGGCGGUGGAGAUCAGCCUGUGUUGUUUCGAGGCGCGGCGGGCUCUCCGCUGCCCUGUGUUUGGCGGCGAGGCGGACCCCGAGGGCUUCGAGGUGGAGGUGCCGCUGGCGGAUGCGUUCGAGGAGCAGCGGGGCGGGGCGGCGGGCAGGGGCAGGAACAGGGCGCAGUUUGGAGAUAUCAAGAUUGAUUUGGUGUGCGGCAAGACGCGACUCGCCAAGACGCAGAUCCCCAUCUGGGAUGUGCCCUUCCGACCCGAGCCCGCUGCUGCUGCCGCGGGGCUGGCGACUGCGGGUUCCGGCAGCAGUGACCCGCUGGGGGAGCGCUCGUCUGCUGAGGGAGCCGCUGCAGCCGAGGGCGGCAAUGCCACCACCCGUCCCGGGCUGCUGGGCAAUCUGGCGGCCAUCAUUGCGGGGGGAGCAGGAGGUUGCGGCAAGACCGUCAAGACGUCCGCGGAGGUGGCUUCCUCCUCCUCUCCCGAUGGCUCCCCGCGCGCCCCUGCCACCCCUCCUGCCGCUCCGCCUGCCCCCCUGUGGGACGGCAAGCGCUACAGCCGCCGCAUGGAGCGCAUCGAUCGCUCCCUGGCUGCAUCACCCGUGGUGCUGCUCAGCAUGCAGCUGGUCAAGGCGGAAGGGGGGCCGUCUGCGGGAGCAGCUGACGACCGCAGCCCUAGGGGCGGCAGUAGUGCAGGAGGAGCAGGAGCGGUCGACUUCGCCGCUGUUGACGUGGAGGCUCCGGGAGAGGGCGCACAGCUGGCACCCCCUGCGCCCCUGGACUCGGUCGUUGCGGAUAUGGUGGUGGGGCUGGGGCCGCAUGCGCUCUGCCGUACGCUGUUUGGGCCGGAUUCGGAGCUAGCGAACCGAGUGGCGGCGGCGGAGCAGAUGACGGACCUCAAGUCAGGCCCCUGGGGACCGGACCCGGAGAACAAGGCGCUGUCCGUACGGCAGAUGUCGUACAUGAAACCCACACCGGUGGGCCCCACUGCCGUACAAUCCGUACAAAAGAUCCUGACCAAGUGCGACGGGGGCUUUGUUGUCGAGAACCGCGUGACGCCCAACGUACCCCCCAUUGGGCAGUGCGUGCACGUGGUCAUGCAGAUUGUGGGUCAGCACGUGGGACCUGACAAGACCCGCCUUUCCGCCUCCAUCAAGACCCAGUGGUUCAAGAGCGGCAUGAUGGUCAACAUGGUCAAGAGCAAGGUGGACGACGCAUCGCCCAAGGACGCACGCAAGUACUACGAAACCCUGCGUAACGAGCUCAUCGCAGCAAAGUUAUCCGUAGAAGGAGCAUCGGGGGCCGCAGGCAGUG